AUGAAAGAGGUCGUUGUUGAUAUUGCCCCUAAGAAAAUUACGGGACUUGAAUUUUCAGCUCUAAGUGCUUCUGACAUUGUCGCACAGUCGGAAGUUGAAAUUUACACUCGUGAUCUAUUUGAUCUUGAGAAUGGGAGGUUGCCAACGAAGGGUGGUGCUCUAGAUCCGAAGAUGGGUGUUUCCUCUUCACAGGAUGAAUGCUCUACUUGUCAUGGGAAUCUUGCGUCUUGUCAUGGGCACUUUGGGCACAUUAAGUUAGCCUUGCCAGUCUUUCAUGUUGGUUACUUUAAAGCAACAAUUCAAAUCUUACAGAGCAUCUGUAAAACUUGUGCAGCUAUAUUGCUUAGUGAAGAAGAUAAGCGACAAUUUCUAGCAGAAUUAAGACGGCCUGGUAUUGAUAACUUGAGACGUAUGGGGAUACUUAAGAAAGUUUUGGAACAGUGCAAGAAACAGAGACGUUGCUUGCAUUGUGGUAUGUUGAAUGGUGUAGUGAAGAAAGCAGCGGCUGGUUCAGGCUCUGCAGCAUUGAAGAUUAUCCACGAUACAUUCCGUUGGGUUGGAAAAAAGUCUGCGCCAGAGAAAGAUAAGUGGGUUGGUGAUUGGAAUAAUGUUUUGCAUCAUAAUCCUGAAUUAGAGCGCUAUAUGAAGCGUACAAUGGAUAACUUAAACCCACUGAAAACAUUAAAUUUGUUCAAACAAGUUAGAUCUGAAGAUUGUGAACUGCUAGGUAUCAAUUCUAAUGUGAAAGCCGGCAGACCUGAAACAUAUAUUUGGCGUUAUUUACCUGCACCACCAGUUUGUAUUCGUCCGUCAGUUAUGAUGAAUGAUGCUCCAGGUUCUAAUGAAGACGAUCUCACUGUUAAGUUAACCGAAAUCGUUUGGACAUCGUCACUGAUAAAAGCUGGUCUCAGUAAAGGUAUCUCUAUUAACAAUAUGAUGGAGCAGUGGGAUUAUUUGCAAAUGGCCGUAGCAAUGUACAUUAAUUCUGAUUCUGUGAAUCCCGCACUAAUGCCAGGCGGUACUGGUGGAGGGAAAGCCAAACCAAUUAGGGGUUUCUGUCAAAGACUUAAAGGUAAACAAGGAAGAUUCAGAGGUAAUUUAUCCGGUAAGCGUGUCGACUUUUCUGGUAGAACAGUUAUUUCUCCGGAUCCCAAUUUGUCUGUUGAGGAAGUGGCAGUUCCCGAUCGUGUAGCAAAAGUUCUAACUUAUCCAGAAAAGGUAACUCGUUACAAUAAAGACAAGUUACAGCAAUUAGUUAUUAAUGGUCCAAAUGUUCACCCUGGUGCUAACUAUCUGUUAAAAUAUAACGAAGAUGCAAGGAGAAAUCUUCGUUACGGUGAUAGAUUGAAGCUUGCAAAAAACCUGCAAAUAGGUGAUGUUGUUGAAAGACAUCUAGAAGAUGGUGACGUUGUUCUAUUUAACAGACAGCCUUCAUUGCAUAGAUUAUCUAUUUUGUCGCAUUAUGCAAAAAUCAGACCUUGGAGAACAUUCAGGCUGAACGAGUGUGUUUGUACGCCAUAUAAUGCCGAUUUUGACGGUGAUGAAAUGAAUUUGCAUGUGCCUCAAACCGAAGAAGCGCGGGCAGAGGCAAUCAACCUCAUGGGUGUAAAGAACAAUUUGUUAACCCCAAAGUCUGGUGAACCCAUUAUUGCAGCCACGCAAGAUUUCAUCACUGGGUCGUAUCUGAUUUCUCACAAAGACUCGUUUUAUGAUCGUGCUACUUUCACCCAAUUAUUGGCUAUGAUGUCAGAUGGUAAUAUGCAGUUUGAUUUACCUCCCCCUACCAUUAUGAAACCCUACUACCUAUGGACUGGUAAACAAGUAUUUUCUCUCCUAAUUAAACCCAAUGCAAAAUCACCUGUUGUUAUAAAUUUGGACGCGAAGAACAAGGUCUGUCUUCCUCCCACAAAGAAGGGUUACCCAACUGAAAUGUCUUCAAAUGAUGGAUAUGUCAUUAUUAGGGGUUCUAAGAUCCUAUCAGGUGUUAUGGAUAAAUCUGUCCUUGGGGACGGUAAAAAGCAUUCUGUAUUCUAUACCAUUUUAAGAGAUUUUGGUCCUAACGAGGCUGCACAAGCAAUGAAUCGAAUGGCAAAAUUAUGUGCACGGUAUUUGGGUAAUAGAGGAUUUUCAAUUGGUAUUAAUGAUGUGACUCCCGGUGAUGAUUUGAAGGCGAAGAAAGAACAUUUAGUUGAAGUUGCAUAUGCUAAGUGUGAUGAAUUAAUUGAUUUGUUCAAGAAGGGCAAAUUGGAAACGCAACCAGGUUGUAACGAAGAACAGACCUUGGAAGCCAAGAUUGGUGGAUUGUUAUCCAAAGUUAGAGAAGAAGUCGGUGAGGUUUGUAUUAGAGAAUUAGAUAAUUUAAACGCUCCACUUAUUAUGGCAACCUGUGGUUCUAAGGGUUCUAAUCUUAAUGUUUCACAGAUGGUUGCUGUUGUCGGUCAACAAAUUAUUUCUGGUAAUCGUGUUCCGGAUGGUUUCCAAGAUAGGUCUUUGCCACAUUUCCAAAAGAAUUCUAAAUCUCCUCAAUCUAAAGGUUUCGUUAGAAACUCAUUUUUCUCUGGUUUAACGCCUCCAGAAUUUUUAUUUCACGCAAUUUCUGGUCGUGAAGGGUUGGUUGAUACUGCGGUGAAGACUGCUGAGACUGGUUACAUGUCCCGGAGAUUGAUGAAAUCACUUGAAGAUUUAUCCUGUCAAUAUGACAAUACUGUGAGAACUUCGUCAAAUGGUAUUGUCCAAUUUACAUACGGUGGAGAUGGUCUAGAUCCAUUGAAUAUGGAAGGUAAUGCACAACCGGUCAACUUUAAAAGAACUUGGGAUCACGCUUUCAACAUCAUUUACAAUUCAGAAGACAGAGUAUUGUAUCCCUAUGAGAUUAUUAAGGUCACUGACCGUAUUUUAGUUCCAUUGGAAAAGCAACUUUUGAGACUAGAUAAUGUCGGUAAUGUCAUUGAAACAGGAAAAGAUGUUGAAGAUGUGUACAUUGAUCAGCAUGAUGCGGAAAGACAGUUUUAUCAAUCUUUAAGAGAUUAUAUGGCUGCACAUGCUAAACAGCUAGCCUAUAUAAGAAAGUCUAAAGGGAUGCUGCCAUUAUUGGAAGAACCUACCUCUGAACUUCAGGGAAUGGAUCUAGACGCCUCGGCUUCAGAAGAAGAUAUUAAGUCCGUCAAGCAACUAUGCAACAUCACAGAAAGCCUCGUAUUUACAUUUUUGGAUAUUGCAAUUUCAAAGUACCAUAAGGCAAAAGUUGAACCGGGUACAGCAGUCGGUGCAAUUGGUGCGCAUUCGAUUGGUGAACCUGGUACCCAAAUGACAUUGAAGACUUUCCAUUUUGCUGGUGUCGCCUCGAUGAACGUUACCCUUGGUGUGCCUCGUAUUAAGGAAAUUAUCAAUGCUUCUAAAGUCAUUUCAACACCUAUUAUCAAUGCUGUAUUGGUCAACGAUAAUGAUGAAAGAGCUGCCAGAGUUGUGAAAGGUAGAAUUGAGAAAACAUUGUUAUCAGAUGUUGUUUACUAUAUUCAGGAUGUUUACAGGGAUAACAUGGCAUACUUGCAAGUUAAAAUAGACUUAUCGACCAUCGAAAGGUUGCAACUAGAAUUAACUAUUGAAGAUAUUGCGAUUGCGAUUUCUAGCGCUCCAAAACUUAAGAUUUCUACAGGUGAUGUUUCUAUUAUUGGCAAAAAUAAAAUCAAUAUUAAUGUUUGCAACGAUAGGGAAAAGGGCCGGUCGAUAUCCACUGCCGCCGCGGAACCUAACGAGAAUGAUGUUUAUUAUAGAAUGCAACAUCUCCGUCGUGCCUUGCCUUCUAUUGUUGUUAAAGGGUUACCAGACAUUGCAAGAGCUGUUAUUAACAUACGUGAUGAUGGCAAAAGGGAGUUGUUAGUCGAAGGAUAUGGUUUGAGAGAUGUUAUGACUACUGAUGGUGUUGUCGGAAAGAAAACAAGAACGAAUCAUUUCCUGGAAGUAUUUGAAGUUUUAGGUAUAGAAGCAACAAGAACAUCCAUCAUUGAAGAAAUUGAUUAUACUAUGAGUAAUCACGGUAUGAGUGUCGAUCCUCGUCAUAUUCAAUUAUUAGGAGAUGUUAUGACAUAUAAGGGUGAGGUCUUAGGUAUUACUAGAUUUGGGUUAUCAAAGAUGAGAGAUUCUGUGAUGCAGCUGGCAUCUUUUGAAAAGACCACCGACCAUCUGUUUGACGCUGCAUUUUAUAUGAAAAAAGAUGCUGUGGAUGGUGUUUCAGAAUGUAUUAUUCUGGGUCAAACGAUGUCUAUCGGUACAGGUUCCUUCAAGGUUGUGAAGAGGACUGAAGUGUCACCCGAAGAUUUAAAAUGUAAGCCAACUUUAUUCGAAAAUCUUUGUAAUGAGGCUAUGAUCAAGGCAAACUAA